AUGGUUUUUUAUCAAGGAAACUGCUUAAUAAAUGAAGAAAGCAGUGAAUAUCUGGGAUUAGAGACUAGUGUUGUGAGUGAUUUUGAAGAAGAUACUUCUUAUUUAUUAAAAAAUAAACAUAUUUUAUCAGAAAAAAAGAGAGAAAUAACAAGGUCUUUAUCUCUGAAUGAUUUAGAACAUGUCUAUGAACGUUUUUAUUACUCUCAAGCGGCUAGAAAUGAGAAUUAUUAUAAAUUAUUAGUAUGGAGCAAUGAAAUAGAAAAAUCAAUAGAAAAUGAACAGGAUUUACACUUCAGGCUUUUUAAGAAAGAAUAUCUUGGAAAGAUCUCAAUAUGUCAAGAUCUUAUAGCACAUGCUUCAAAAAUGGCAGAAAAGUUAAGAGUAAUAAGCGUUAAUUUAAGAGAAUCAUAUGAAAAUAAUUAUAUUUUCAGAGAUAAUUAUGAGAAGCUUGAAAAAGAAAAGCAAAGUGCUAUAUUAUUAAAAGAUCAAAUUAUACAGAAUAAUGAAGUAUAUUGUUCUCUUGAUGCAAUUCAUAGGUUAUUGGAUACAUCUGGUGUUGAAUUUAUUAAAAAACCAGAGUUUUUUGAUAUGCUAAAAAAGUUGGAUAAAGGUUUGGAAAUGAUGAAAGAACAUCCUGAAUUUAAGGAUUCUGGGAUUUAUAAAGAAAAAUUUGAACAAUGUUUAACAAAAGUUAUGACAUUGAUUUGUGUUUUUUUUGUACAAGUGAUAAAGGAAUUAAAUGAUGGAAUUAAUGAGGAAUUUUCUUUAAAGGUAUCUAAUAAUAUGAACCAAACUGCAUUUUUAUAUACAAAAUUUCGUGUUUGUGCUAUUGAAUUAAGGCCAUAUAUCAAAGAAAUAGAGGAAAGAAUCAAAGAUCAUAAUGAAUAUAACGUAAUGAUUAAUGAUUGUCAAAAUUUUUACUUUGGAAUAAGAUAUAAAUUGGUUAAACCAAUUAUUUCUCAGAAAUUAAAUGAACUAUCAAAUGAAAAUAUUAUCAGAUUUUCUAGAAUAAGUAUUACAUUUUUUACCAGUCUUUGUUUUGAUGAGUUUUCUCUUUUUCGGGACUUUUUUCAAAGUGAUGAUUCAAAUUUCUAUUCUUAUUCUCAAAAAUUAUUUGAGUCUAUAUCUACUUAUUUACAAUCAAAUUUAGCCAAAGAAACAAACUUAUCACUACUUUGUGAAGUCUGUUCUGUUUUUAAAGCAAAAACAUCUAAAGAUAAUGAAAAUGAUAUUGAUCCAGACUCUAAUAAGAUAGAUUAUUCAGUCAUAUUUAAUGAAAUUCUUCAACAUAUUCAAUCAUUUAUUGUAGCUCAAGUUCGAAAUGUAGCUAAAUUGGAAAUUCAAAGUUUUAUUCCUUGCAAAAAUGCUUUUAAUUUUUCUAAAGGUUUAGAAAAAAGAGAUCAAUCAGAUUCAUUAUUGACUAAUGUUUCUGAAGCACAAAAAGAUGAAUUAUGUGACAAUGAUUUGGUUAUUAAAUGGCAUCCUACAUUAAACAAAACAAUUUCAUUGUUAUCAAAAAUAUAUCCUUUAUUAAAUACAAAAUCUUUUAAUACUGUUGCAUAUGAUAUCAUUAGUAUUUGCAUUUCUUCACUUAGUGAUGCAUCACAAGUACAAACAGAUAUUUCUAUAAGAGAUCGUCAGCUUUUUCUUGUAAAGCACUUAUUGAUAUUGAGAAAUCAAAUAUUGGAAUUCAAUAUAGAUUUUUUUCAUUUUGAAGAUGAUGCUGAUAUUAAUACUGCAACUAUUAAUUCUUGGGAUGUUUAUAAUAAAAUUCGACUAUUUAAUCCAUUAGAACUUCUCUAUAAAUCUACUUGGAGUAAAAUUUCUGGUUUUUCAUCUAUACAAAAAGAUAUUUAUAACAAAUUCAAUACUCUUCUUCAAACGACUAUUAAUGCCUCUAUUGAACAUUCUUUAAAACCUUUAAUUGAACCUAUUCAAAAAAUAAGGAAAUUCAAAAAACUUUCUAAUCAUUCUAUUCAAGCAAUUAUUGACGAAUCUCUUGUAUCUAUUCAAAAUGAAGCUCCUCUUCUUAAAAUCACUUUUUUAACUUAUAUUGAAGAUUCACAAAUUAUACAUAUUUUUUUCACUGAUAUUAUAGAAAAGUUUACAAAAGAAUUAAAUGACACUGCCAAAUCUCUUCCUACUGAAUAUUUAUCAUUUUGGUCUAAAACCGAUCAACUCAUAUCAUGUUUAAGUCGUCUUCUAUUAAAUAAUAUUUCUUCAGAAAAACUUUCAAAAAAUAUUGAUUAA